AUGGACAAUUUGCACACUGUAGCAGACGUGGCAUUCAAAGGGGAUUUCUGUGCCAAAAUCGAUAUACGAGACCCUUUUUCGCAAUCAACAUAUCUACAGAACACAGAAAUAACCUGGCGUUUUGGUUCCUAUCAAUUCAAAGAGAAGAGAAAAUUCCCAAGAUACAUAAACAAGCGAGUUUUAAUUGAGUGGGUCCGUAUUACUGGUCUAGACAAUAAGGCGAAAUGGAAACUGGACCGACUCGUCGCUUAUCUGGCUAAUAUCAUAACAGGUUAUUCUGCUAAUACAGAUAAUGCCUUCUCGUGGCCAACUUACGCCGGUGUUAGUGGCAACAUACCAGCUUACCGUGCAAAGGUCUCAUACAAAUACUGGAAGUAUUUUAUGGCUGAGGAACGUAGGAAGCCUGCUGACUAUAAUAAAGAGCAUGGUACAAAAAUAGCCAUUAUCAAAGAAGAGGCACUAUGGAAUCAGAACAGCAACAACCUUGGGUAUCUGUACGCCAGCAACCGACUAUCGCCUCCGGCAAUCGACUAUCGCCUCCGGAAUUCGCUCAAGACCACCGAUAUUGCUCUUCCUCAAUACGGGACUACCAAGGAGUACGAGUUCGACUAA